CCCAGCACAAUUGCAUCCUAAGUCACUUUGACUGCACUUGUGGUGGGACCACAUAAUUCUCCAAGAUCUAGCCCAUUCUGAAAGGGCAGGGAUCCUGGACUGCGUGACAAAACUGAAUCAAACAGCAGAGCCGACGGGUCUCAGAAGAAAUACAUUUUAGACACCCAGUCAUCUUUUUAAAGGUUGUCCUUUCUGGCAUUUCCUAGAGGAGGCAGACAGAAAAUGACAGCAAGAUUAUUAAGCGUGGGCUUCACUGUGCUCUUUCUGAGCUCCUGUGUGCCCCCAGGGGCAGCUCGAAUUUCUUGCAGAAAUGAAGAUGGUGAUGCUGUAGAUUGGUUUGCCUUUUAUAAGUUACCCCAGAACAGAGAACAGAAAAACCCAAGCACUGGAUUAGAGUACAUGUACCUGGAUCCUAUGACUCACAGAUGGCGGAGGAGCCAGGGACUAGUCAAUAUGACCCAGAGCAUCUUAGGAAGGACAUUACAGCAGCUUUAUGAAGCACAUGAAGCUAAGAACAACAGAACUGCCUACCUGAUAUAUAAUGACAAUGCCCCUCGGUCUGUGGAUUACAGCUGGAAGCAAGGGCAUGCAAAAGGUUUCUUACUUUGGGAUAAAUCUCAGGGAUUCUGGCUGAUUCACACAAUUCCCCGGUUUCCUCCUUUUCCUGAAGAAGGCUAUAGCUAUCCAUCUACUGGGAAGAAAUAUGGACAAAUUGGUAUCUGCAUAACUUACAACUACAGCCAGUUUGUAGAAAUAGAUUCCCAGCUAUUAAGCUGCAUGCCAAAUAUUUAUAGCUGCUCCAUACCUGCCACCUUUCACCCAGAACUCACCUAUCUGCCUAAACUGUGUGCCCGCUCCCGGAUCCCCAGGAUUCCUCACCGGCGCCUCUCCAGACUUCAAUCCAUCAAAGGCCAAAACUUCCUGCAUUUUGCAAAAUCACCUUACUUUGUGGAUGAUAUCUAUGUGACUUGGAUGGCUCAACAGUUGCAGACCAAUUUGCUCGUAGAAACUUGGCAACCAAAGCUUCCAUCUAAUUGUUCUCUUCCGUACUAUGUUUAUAAUAUCAAACAAAUCAGGAUGUCAGGACAGUUUGCUUUUAGCUCUUACUAUGACCAUGCCAAAUGGUGUGUUUCCCAAAGAUACAAGAGGCACUGGACAUGCAUUGGCGACCUGAACCGGAGCCCAUUCCAGACUCGGAGGGGAGGAGGAUUUAUUUGUACCCAAAAUAAGCACAUCUAUCUUGCAUUUAGAGGUUUGAUUCUGCACUACCAGAAUUGCAAUCAGUCUUAAUCAGAGAGAACUGUUAGAGCAUUGUGGACCUAUGGGAAUUCCUACUGUCCUUAAGAUUUAUCUAUGCCUUACAUUAUAAGAAUCUAGGAGGUUGCCUCUUUCCUAUAAAACCAUCAAAUAAAAUAUUAUUUUUUUCAAAACCUCCAACAUCUAACUUUCCAAGAAAAGGGCUAAUUUUUCUAUUUUCUAUUAUUAUUACAUGCAAUUUAAAAUAUAGGGAAAAGUACUAAUUAGCUAAGGGAAGAAGUCAACUCAACAAUUAUUCAGUGUUCUAACUGACCAGGUCCUUUGAUUGCUUUGGGGGAUAACUCGCUUCUUAUUAAUUCCUCUACCAGAGGAUGGACAAGUAAAAGGAAGAAGAUAAUCCAAUGAUCAUGUUCUCAAAAAAACCUAUAUGCUCCAUUUCUAACCAAACUCUCAAAAGAAAAUACCCAUUUUGAUGUGAGUCCCCAGAUUUCAGUUCUCAGUACUAUUCUGAAUUUAUCCAGUGGGCUCCAUGUUCUGGCCUCACUGGUACCCACUUGUAUGACCAGAUCUAAGAGGUCCUGAACCAGAUUGUAUGAGUUUGGUCAUAGUUCAUCCAUCCACCAAUAGUCACUUGCUUCAUCUACACAAUGCAGAAUUCAGUCAUGUGGUCCAGGAUAACAAGCUGCUCUUAGAUUUGACUCUUCUCAUCUUUACUCUUUGGCUAUUUACCACCAUCUAAGAAUAUUGUUUAAUGGAAAAUGUAAUGGUGAGUGGGUAGAGUAUUGGGCCUGGAGAUGAGAAAAUCUUAGUUCUGCUCCAGCCUCAGAUACUUUCUGGCUGCCUGGUGAUCCUGGGCACAUCACUUAACCUCUGUCUGCUUCCAUUUCUUCAUCUGUAAAAUGGGAAUAACAACACCCAUUUGUUUUCCUGGACUGUUGUGAGAAUAAAAUAUAAUGCCAUAAAGCACUUUUCAAACCUUGAAGGGCUAUAUAAAUGAUAGCUUUUAUAAAUAAAAGUUUGGGUCAGUGUGGCUUUUAGCAAACUAUUAUCCUUUCAUUUGUAAAAAUGGUGGGGUUGUAUUAGAUGACAGCUCUAAAUAUCUAGUUGUAAGGACUUAUCCUGUAGUUAUAAAUAUUUGCCAUUCCAUCUGAACUCAUAUUAAAGGCUAAAUUAGGUUGACAAAUAAAUUCUGGCCAAUGGAAACCAAUGGAAACUGGACUCUUUUUCUUUGUCCAUAGUGAGGCUACUUAGUUGUUGAGGUGAUUUCUUUCAUAAUUACAAAUUAAAAGUCAUGAGUAUUUUUAAACAGCA